AGCCUGAACAGUCCAUGUUGAAACAGACACAAGCAAGGAUACUGCGAAGGUGCAUGUGUUUUCCUAUCGUCUGUGGAGCACGUCUGUGUAUUUCUCCGAACAUACUGAGGUAAUAAAAACAAAAAAAAAAAAAAAAAAAAAAAAACAUCUGGCCACUCUUUCUCCCACAACUGCGGUUAUUACAAUCUGAUGAUUUAGCUGUCUCGUGUCGGGACAGCUCGACAUUGCACGCUCUGGACAUGAGUGUUAUUGGAGGAGGAAUGCUGGCGUAACGUUUGAAGAACACAGUUGAAGGAACUAUUAACUGAUAAGGCAGAGGUGCAUGAUGGCUUCCUCUCUAAUCAUUCUGAUAGCCUGUUUGGUCUCGUUGCGUUUCGGAGGAGCUCUAUUUUCGGGACCUCUGCAACCGGAGAUGUCCAAUGGCACUUUUCAUCAUUAUUUCGUGCCGGAUGGCUUCUAUGAAGAAAACGACGAUCCCGAGAAAUGUCAGAUGCUCUUUAAAAUGACCGACAAUCGCAAAUGCACCCUGGACGAGGACCAGGACUCGGUGAUCCGGGACGAUUUUACCAUCAUUAAGCGUCACAUCGAAGACGCGGCGCGGGUGCUGGAGGGCAUCGGGAAGAGCAUCUCCUUUGACCUGGACGGAGAGGACGGCUACGGGAAAUACCUGCGACGGGAGACAACCCAGAUUAGCGAGGCGUUUUCCAACUCCGAGAAGUCUCUGCUGGAGCUGGAAGUGAAAUUCAAACAGAGUCAAGAGAACGAGCUGAAAGAGGAGCACAAGAUCAGCGACGACGUUCUCAACAUGAUCGUGCACACGCGGGACGUCCUGAAGGAGACACUGGACAUCUCGCUGGGACUGAAAGACAAGCACGAGCUACUGUCACUCAUCAUCCGGAGUCACGGGACCCGGUUAAGCCGCCUGAAAAACGAGUACAUGAAGGUGUAGAGGACUGUUAACCAACCAAAUCUCGCAAUUUGGGAUUUUGGCAAAAAUGUAUGCAGCUGUUUUGUGCAAUAAAUGGAAUCAAAUAUUCACUUAAUAGCUCCAAUCAUACACGAGGACAGUAAAUGCUUUAAGCUUGUUGUGUUCAUGAAAAGAAGGCUGGCAUCUCAGUCUAACCAGUUUAGAGGCUUUAAACUGAGUUAGAUGCAAUGUUGGGUUGCACACUAUUUUCUCAGAUAAAGAUGUAGGUUGUGUUUUUUGAAAGGCAUUACUUGAACUUUGAUUUCAGAGAAAAUUAAUGUAAACAUAAGGAAUAUAGUUUUCAUUGCAAAUUAGCUUUCAUAUCGAUAUUUAGUUCAUUACAAGAGUGUGUACUUGGAAUAGUUUUUAAUCAUUCAGUCAGACAAUCCUCUGAAAGAUAAUGGCAUGAACAUAUCAUUAAUAUUAUUAUUAUUGCUUUGUAAUACAGUGGGAGGGGGAAAAACACAUUUUGCUCUUCUUUGUAUAUGUUAUUAAAUGUUGUGUUCCCUAAGAAAUCUAUAUAUUUUAUUAUGAGCUUUUAAAAAUAUUAGAACAUGUGUUUAUAUUUAUGAAAAAGCUUCAAUGUAGAGGAGCACGAUUCUUGUAAUCCUCUGAAAAGGACCAUCCGGGACAGGGCCGGUAUGAUGCGAUCUUUGGGGGGCAUUUUGACCUUUUGGGUGGGCAAUAAGUUCCCUCUUCGUAUGACCGGAGUGGUCCACAUUGGUUAUUUCACCAUCCGACUUGGGGGGCACAAAGAAAAUAUAGGGGGGCAAUGACCCCUAGACUCCAAAAUGACUGCGGGCAGGAAUAUUGGACUUGAAACAUUCUACCAUAGUUCCAUUCCUGAGAGAUAUGUUGUGUUCAUUCGGCUUUGUAAUAAAAA